GUCAACAUAACCUUAAUGUAUCCUUAAUGCUAAAAAUCAUAAAAACUUUCAUAUAACAUUUAAUUUGUAACAAUGAUAACAAUUUCAAAUAUAUGGAGGAGUGCACCAUCAAAUACCGUUUUAAUUUUGCAAGCAAGAUAUAAAUCGAAGACCCACUGGGCUAAAUUAAAAAAGAAGAAUAGUCCAAAAUACAAGGCGUUAAAUCAUUUCGAUGAGUUCUACGGCUCAGUUUUCGGUAAUAAAUGGGUAUCGAUGAAGGAAGCCCUUUUGCGUAGGUCCAAGUAUGUAGCUGUAGUCAACAAUUACGGCGACGCAGAACAGACCAUGGAGUAUCUUUCUAAUAGAGGAGCUCAUUGUCUGAAAAAUUUAAUGUCAAUACAAAAGGAGUUUCACAACCAAUACAACCCACAAACUGAAACUCCUCCAACAGAGAACACAAAGCAAAACAACUUGGAUAAUUAUAUAGCCAAGUUGCAAAGUGAGGAGAUAUCUAGUAUUUAUCCACAAGGGGAAGAUGUUCCAGAUAAUAUAGAAUAUAGUGAUAAAAAGUUUUUAAGAAAUAGUAUUCAAAAGGACGCUAAGGAAAAACAAGUACGAUCCACCUCCCUCAACCAAGCAAUAGAAGAAGCUCAGAUAGAUCAUUCGAGAAUCAUUGAACCAUCAAUGGGCUUAACAUCGGAAGCUUUAUAUCAGUACGUGCCAGCAACAAAACUUAAAGGAUUAGAUGAAUGGGUGCCAGAAUCUCUGCAUUACUCCUUUAUGACCAACAAUGUGGACUUCCCAUUGGCGAUUGAACCGGAGACAACAUUUUCAUACCCCGAGCAUCUGAAAGUGAUGUCAUAUGAAAUGAAUAGCGACUACGACAGGUUUCCGGAACCGAAGAGAUGUAAUACAGGAGUAUUCAACUAUUACCCGAUGGACUGUGGCAGUGUGCUAUCCGUUUUGGCGCUUUGCCUGUCCCCUGGAGACAGGGUGCUUGACCUGUGCUCGGCGCCUGGAGGCAAAGCCCUAGUCGCACUGCAGACCCUGCUACCAGAUGUUCUGGUGUGUAAUGACGUAUCCAUAUCCAGGUGUAACAGGAUGGACAGGAUAUUCCGGGAUUACUUGAUGGACUUUGAAACCGGCAACAAAUGGCACGAACGAGUUUUGAUCACCAGGCGCGACGGCAGAGAUUUCACAGAUGAUCAUGGAUUUGAUAAGGUGUUGGUAGACGUACCGUGCACAACAGACAGACAUUCGGUGAUGGAAGAUGAGAACAACAUCUUCAGAGCUGACAGACUCAAGGAAAGACUGAGGAUACCAGAACUCCAAUCGCAAUUGUUGCUCAACGCACUCCGUGUGGUUAAAGUGGGCGGGGCGGUGGUUUAUUCUACGUGUUCGCUGAGCCCCGCACAAAACGACGGGGUAGUGCAUUCUGCUCUCAAGAUGGCGUUCCAGAGCAAUGGCAUUAUAGCCACUAUCAGGGACAUAUCGGCUCCAUUCAGAGCUUUAAGCAGCACAUUAAACCUCGGAUCAGGGGUCGUCAAACCGAAGUACGGUCAGCUCAUAGUACCGGAUAUAGCUGCCAAUUUUGGACCUGCCUACGUUUCAAGACUUGUUAGGAUCAAGUAGAGUCACGACACAACAACUAAUGGUUAAAUUAUAUUAACAAAAAAUUUAUAAUUUUUGGUUAAUAUGUUAUUACCAAAAAUGUAUUGAUUAUAUAUAAUACAACUCUA